UCCCGGCGUGCAGCUCGGUGGCGGCUGACCCGGCAGUGGGCCGCCUCAGGCAGCCCCGGCCGGGCCGCCCGGGUCCCCGGCAGCGGGGUAGGAUGGCGCUAAAGCGGAUCCAGAAGGAAUUAACCGACUUGCAGAGGGAUCCUCCUGCCCAGUGUUCUGCGGGACCUGUGGGUGAUGACUUGUUCCACUGGCAGGCCACCAUCAUGGGCCCGAAUGACAGUCCUUACCAAGGAGGUGUUUUCUUCCUGACCAUCCACUUUCCUACGGAUUACCCGUUCAAGCCCCCAAAGGUUGCUUUCACAACCAAAAUUUAUCACCCUAAUAUCAACAGCAAUGGCAGCAUCUGCCUCGAUAUCCUGCGGUCUCAGUGGUCUCCAGCGUUGACUGUGUCAAAAGUUCUCUUGUCCAUCUGCUCGCUGCUCUGCGACCCCAACCCUGAUGACCCUCUGGUGCCAGAGAUAGCCCACACCUACAAAGCCGACAGAGAGAAGUACGUGUCCUCUUUGGGUUGCCUUUGCGCCAUGGCUGCCCCAGGCAGCUCCAUGCGGUACCUGUGCUCUGAGCUGGUGCUUCUGGGCUACAGGUUCCCACAGACAUCUUCCUACCCAUGCUGAGCCAUGUGCACAGCGGGUGUGCCCUGGGCUUGGACUCCUGGCUCUCUCACUAACAUGUCCUUUGAGUCUAAGGAGGGAGAAGGAGAUAAAAGCGGUUCACCUUCCUGGAUAACUCAUUAGCUGCUGCUACUAUAUAUGAAAACAUUGCCAAGCCCUGUCCUCGAGGCCAGCAAAAUCAGUGGUCAGCCAAGAACAGACUCAGAAGAAUCUGACAACAAGAAAAAUUCUGAUUUAAAUUCUAGGGUUUAUAGCCUAAGACAAGGGGAUGUCUCCUUGGCUAUACCGAAGGUGAGGCUGAGGGCAGUCAAGGUGGGAAACACUGCUGUGGUCAGUUCACUGGCUCAGCUCAGAAGUCAGCAGAGUGUUAGACCUUCAUUGCCAGCUCUCUGUUUAAACACCAAUUAACAGACCCAGAAUUGUAAAAUUCUGACCCCCUAGGCCAGGCACAACCACGUGCACUGUAGCAUGAGGGUGUCUGUAGUUGGUGGGGCAGGCACAAGGAGUCAUCGCCAAGUGUUAGUCUCUGAGUGCUGACAGCACUGUGAGAGAGGCCCAGGUGUGGCAGGGGCCACAGUCCUGUGAGUGGUGUGAAUCUCAGUUGUGGACCUUCAGGGAAGGUAUUGCUAGCCCUUUUAAAAGACAUCUUCAGUGAGUGCAUUCUUCAGUUCACUACUCAUUACUUCUUUUCUGUCUGAAGAGAUUAGAAUAGAGAAUAGAGUAUGUUUUUUCCUUUUUUUUUUUUUUUUUUGAGGCAAGGUCUCAUUCUGUUGCCCAGGCUGCAGUGCAGUGGUGUGAUCACAGCUUACUGCAGCCUUGAUCUUCCGGGCUCAACCUAUCCUCCUGCCUCAGCCUCCUGAGUAGCUGGGACUACAGGCGUGUGCCACCACACCUGGCUAAUUUUUUGUAGAGACAGGGUUUUGCCAUGUUGCCCAGGCUGGUGUUAAACUCCUGGACUCCAGCAAUCUGCCCACCUAGGCCACCCAAAGUGCUGGGAUUAUAGGCGUGAGCCACCACACUCAGCCACAUGUUUUUUUCAAAUUAUAUUUUUCUUAAGACUUUUAUAGAUCUUAUUAUUUCCCUCAUUGGAGUUUUCUCAAUAACAGUCAAAAUUUUUAAUUGGGGUUUAACUUUUGUUUAUUUUAACACUUACUACGAGAUAUUUUAGACAUACCAAAAGUGAUUUUUUUUCAGUGCCUCUUGUAACUAUAAAUCUCUCUAAUUUAUAGUCUCGUAGCAUCAAGUCUCAUUACAAUGAUGAGAGUAAGUGCACACACCUGCAUAGUCUUCAAUGGAUGCCCGGCCUGCUCCAUGUGCUUUACAUAUAGAAUUCUCUAGUUUCCCCACAAGCACACAAGGCAGAUACUUUCCCCAUGGCAAGCAAUCAAAAAAGCCAGGGCACAGAGGGGCAGAACAGCUGCUGAGGAUGGUACCGAUGCACACCCUGGUAGGCAGAUUCCCAAGCCCUUGUUCUGGAGUUUGUGUGCUGGACAGCCUGUAACUAGUACAAACUGAUCUUUGUGUGUCUCUUCUCUGUCCUCCCUGCAUCCAUAUUGUAGGACAAGAGAAAGAAAGAGAGGAAGUCUGUUGCAUUAUUAAAUCUUCCACUGCAGAUAGUUAUGGAGAAUCAACAGUUUGGGGUUUACACAUGAGGGGUUCACCCAGCUGGGGGUUUACAGCCAUGUCUGAUGUGCUCCUGCUCCGGGGAAAGCCUUUAUUCCACUCACCCAUCAGCCGUAGAUGUUUGACAAGCAGCAGCAGCAGCAUUCCCCACAUCAGUCCUGUUCUCUGCACCACAUUGAAGGGAAGUGACCAUUUCAAGUGAGGGUGUCACUCCCUCUGCUUUUUUAUUCCAGGUACAACAGACUAGCAAGAGAGUGGACACAAAAAUAUGCUAUGUAAGUGCCUCGGAGGUUUUACAUGAGACAUUGUCCAGGAGAAGCUGGCAGAGAGGUCUUCCCUUAAAACUUUGGGCUGUUGGCUGAGCCAUUCAAAGAGUGUCAUCUGUUCUUCAAACAAAUGUUGGUCACCCACUCUCUCCAGCUGCAGCAUGUUGGUGCCAUUUGCAGCAAUUAUGGCUUUGACAGUGCCACCUCUUUGAUGCCAAAUCAGCAGCCAUUGUUGUUAUGAUCUUCAGUCUUCCUGGUGACACUGGAAUCUCUCUCUCUGCCGCCUCAGUUUGUCUGCUGGUCUCUUGGGGGGGCCAGGCCCUGCACGUCUCUCCUACCUGGCCUCAAAUGGUGCUGCUGCCCAUGAUGGUACCACACCAGGGCCUCAGCCUGGCCCCUCGCCACAUACCCUUUGCCUUUUAGAACUCAGUGCCAUCCUGGGUGCCCAGGGCAGAGCAGGCUUUCUUCGCACCUCAUCUGCUGCAGAACCACAUCCUGAGGAGUCUCAGCUUAUCCUGGAGGGAAUUGGGAACAGUGUCACUGGGAAGUGAAGGCCUAGCCCUGCGGCUUCCACCAGUUUCCUCCUGCAGUGCCACAUGCUGGCAUUUCUUGCCUCACACUAAGAAGCAGCAAGUGGAAAAUUUCAGGAUACAAAGCACAUAACACCCCAUAAGAGAUGAUUAUGUUUUUAGAAGCAAGAGCAAAAUUAUGAAACCUCUAGAGAUUUGGGUCAUGUUACUCCAUUUGAUGAGGAUUCUCACUACCAUCCGCUCCUCCCAUAGGAGCCUACACUAAGUCCAAGUGUGAGCCAUUCACAGACUAGAACACAAGGAGGGAGAGAGACUCUUAAAUGUAAAUAAAAAUGCAAUUCAUUCAGAACUCUAAAUGAUAAUUGACAUUUCAGCCUCUUUCUUUUAGGCAGAACAGAAGAUACAUACUUUUAACAGUUAUUUGUAGCCUUAAAAUAACUUAAAAUAGCCUGUUAGGUGAUCGGCUUUCUGCCUUGGCUUUCUGAUGCAACACAUUGUAAGAUUUGCCUUUAAAGCUUUGAGCCUUGAGAUUAGGUUAGUUAGGAAGAGGACAGCAAAGAGAAGAGAUUAUUCUAAUAAAAUUUCCACAGAGGGAAGAAAAUUGAGGAGCUUCAUAUCUCUAAAGCCAAAUUCAACCUGAUCUUUCUAGGUUGGUUAUAAAGCUGGUCCACUUCCAGGAAGUGAUGUGUAGGUGAAUAGGAACAAGAGGUGAAGAAGCAGUAAAACUGUGACCGAAUGGCCAGAUGGGGCUUUUGCAGGCUGAUUGAAAGGAAGUCUACAGACCUAACACAAGCAGUCAGCCAAAGGUGGCUGUGGGAGGUUGAUUUCUUCCAGAAACUUCCAAGUUGUGGCUACAAAUUUAUUGCCAGAUACUUUCCCACUGAGAAUACUGAGGUUAUUCACAUAAUCACUUCCUUAGCAAAGGAAGAAGCACUUUUAACUUGGUCUGCAUUCCCUUUGUGAGGGUCCAAAUUUAGGAUCCUCCUGCUACCAUAAGGCCCUUUUUGGGGUCCUUUGAGUGUGGCUGCAUCUCACCAUGGUGAGGAUUGCCUUUUUUUUUUUUUUUUUUUCAACACAGAGUCUUGCUCUGUCUCCCAGGCUGGAGUGCAGUGAUGCAAUCUUGGCUCACUGCAACCUCUGCCUCCCAGGUUCAAGCGAUUCUCCUGCCUCAGCCUCCUGAGUAGCCAGAAUUACAGGCAUGCACCACCAUGCUGGGCUAAUUUUUGUAUUUUUAGUAGAGACGGUGUUUCACCAUGUUGGCCAGGCUGGUCUCGAACUCCUGGCCUCAAAUGACCUGCCCACGUUGGCCUCCCAAAGUGCUGGGAUUACAGGCGUGAGCCACUGUGCCCAGCAAGGAUUGCCGUUUUAAUUCUUGUAUCUUCACUGCUUCUUUGGUCUUUGCUUAAAUAAAACAAUAAAUCUUAAUAGUUGGGGAGAAUGCUGUUACCAGUGUGCCCUAGGAAGGCCGUUAGCAUAUGGCUCUACUGAGCAGCAGUGCCAUCUGGUGCCUGAGAUCAUGUGCUUCAGGCAGUUGUCACACUGCAUCUAUAGCCAAGCAUCACAGAACACUUUACUCAUGUGGUCAGGGAAGGUGGGACUGAUUCACAUGUUAGAGACAGGUCAGAUGGGAAAAUUAAGGCCCAAUUUGGUGUUGGGGAAUAACCAUACUCUGGUCUUUCAAGUGUAAUAGCUGAUGAUUCCCAAGAAACUGAUGAAUUUUCUGAGUCCAGACAAAAUUUCCCCAAGCCUGCUCUCUCUGUUGGAUAUAUAUAAUAGAGAAAGUCAAAUCAGCCCUUUGGGGUUUGUGGUAAAAAUUCACUCACCCAUUGAAGCCUACAGUGGCUUUGUACCUUCCAGAUCUCUCAGCAAAUCCCCUGGGCAGAAAUGUCACUUGCUUGCCAUGUCUUUGAGGGGUUCAGGUCAGCCUGGAGAACAGGCUCCUUAAGUCAAAAACCUUGUUUUAAGAGCCACUGUGGUACAGUCAAUGUAACCCACUUGUGCAGAAGCCAUGCUUCCAAGGAAGGUCUCAGGUUGACAACUAGACAGCAAAUCCGAGAAGCUAACUGUGGAGUAAUGUGUUUUUUUCUCUGUGGACAACAGCGAUCAGACAGGUGCUUGAUCUUGAACAAUUGAUCCAUUAUGAAAAAAUGACCAUUAGCUCUCCCCCAGAAGCGUCUGUGUUUGCUGAAUGGAGCUGAGAUUUUGAUCCUCUAUCAGACUCCAGAAAGAUCCAGGAGUUCCAAGAACAUGGCAAAGAGUCAAAAUCUUAGGACAAGGAAUUAAAAUGUCAGAAUGCAAAUGUCCAACAGGCCUGGUAGCUCACAGCUAUCAACACCCUAGAAUUCCACACUGCCUCACUGCAGUUGCUCAAGGAUGGGUAUGUUUCUGUCUCUGAAAUUCAGGAAAAAGCCUUAAGUGCCAGAGAAGGUGCUUCCAAGACUGUCUGCAGAAUUCCUUUCCUAGGGUCUGUCUCUGGUACCCAAAAGGGCAGAGAAGGAACUCUAAGAUUAGCAUAGAGCCACUCAUCUCUCCUCCCCUCCCCACCCCUUCUUCCCGUGCUUCCAUUCCGCAUGGCUGUCUCCGCUGACAGUGACACACACUUCCUCUCCAGCAGUGUCGGGAAAGUUCUGGACCUCUACUGGAUCUAGCCAUAAAUGGUGGUCUUCAGAAAAAUGGAGAUUGUGGCUGCCAGCACCCACAAGACAGCAGCCUCAUGCCAUGCAGGCAGCAAGCCAUCCUGAACAGUGUUCCUCCCAGAGUCUGCUUCCUCACCUGCUGUUCACUGGUGAGAGGAAAAGGGACUUGUUCUCCCUUGACCAGUUUUCUAGUUUUCCUGUUCCCACCCUGGUCUUUGCCUGAUGACAGAGAAACUUUCUAAAAAAAAAACAAAAACAAAAAGCUAUAAAAAAUCUGCAAAACACCCCAUCAGAAGUCAAUGAUUUCCUUAAAAAUACAUCUAUUUCCUUCCUGUCCUUCUCAUCUUCUCCCUUGCCCCCAGACAGGUGUGCUUGCAGGCAUCCAGCUGCCUGCAUCAGAGCUCCCCUUGAAGGCAGGUGCUCAGCUGGGCUCCAUGUUGGAGGGCAACAGCAGAGCUGCCACUUAUAGCCGGUCUCUCAACCCUGCUGUCCCCCAGCCCACCCACAAUGGCUCAAAAGGCUGGUCUUCUGAGAAAGACUUGCUGCUAGCCAAUCAUCACAGUCACUUUCCAGUUAUGUUAAGUGGCAUCAAAGCAUUGAUUAGCACUUAUGGUAUACAAGAUAUGGUAGGAGGAAAAGGGAAUUAUAGAAAGAAACCAUGUGAAAGUAUAAAAGUCACUGAUAGACUAGAUACACGAAUGAGAAAGAAAUCAAGCAUUAUCAUCACAGAAAACCACCAAAUCGCAAAAGAUAAGAAAGGGACCAGGCAUGGUGGCUCAUCCCUGUAAUCCCAGCACUUUGGAAGGCUGAGGUGGGAGAACUGCCUAAGGUCAAGAGUUUGAGACCAGCCAAGGCAACAUAGUGAGACCCUGUCUCUUAUUAAAAAAAGGAAAGGAAAAAAUUUUUCAAGAAGAAGAAAAUAACAAAGGACAUAUAAAAUAUCAGAAACCAAUUAAAAUGACAGGAAUAAGUCCUCACUCAUCAAUAACAACCUUGAAUGUAAAGAGUUCAAACUUCCCAAUUAAAAUAUAUAGCCUUGUUUAGCCGGGCAUGGUGGCACAUGCCUGUAAUCUCAGCUACUCAGGAGGCUGAGACAGGAGAAUCACUUGAACCCGGGAGGUGGAGGUUGCAGUGAGCCGAGAUCAUGCCACUGCACUCCAGCUUGGGUGACAGAGUGAGACUCUAUCUCCAAAAAAAUACAAUUAAAAAAAUAUAUAUAUACACACACACACAUACCCUUGCUGAGUGUGUUAGAAAAACAAGAUCCAGGUGAGGCAUGGUGACUCACAACUGUAAUCCCCAUGCUUUGGGAAGCUGAGGCAGGAGGAUAUCGCUUGAGUUCAAUACCAGCCUGGGCAACAUAGCAAGACCACUAUCUCUAAAAAAAAAAAAAAAAAAAAAAAAAAAAAGCUGGUCCUGGUGGCGUGUCCCUGUAGUCCUAGCUACUUGGGAGGCUAAGACAGGAGGGCUGUUUGAGUUCAGGAGUUGAAGGCUGCAGUUGAGUUAUGAUUGCCACUGCACUACAACCUGAGUGACAAAACAAGACCUGGUCUCUAAAAUAAAUUUUGUAAAAUGAAUUUAACAAAAACAAGAUCCAGGCCGGGCGCGGUGGCUCACGCUUGUAAUCCCAGCACUUUGGGAGGCCGAGGCGGGCGGAUCACGAGGUCAGGAGAUCGAGACCACAGUGAAACCCCGUCUCUACUAAAAAUACAAAAAAUUAGCCGGGCGUGGUGGCGGGCGCCUGUAGUCCCAGCUACUCGGAGAGGCUGAGGCAGGAGAAUGGCGUGAACCCGGAAGGCGGAGCUUGCAGUGAGCCGAGAUUGCGCCACUGCACUCCAGCCUGGGCGACAGAGCGAGACUCCGUCUCAAAAAAAAAAAAAAAAAAAACAAGAUCCAGCUAUAUGCUGCCUUUAAGAAACUCACUAAAAAGAUGCAUAUAGACUAAGUGAAGGGAUGAAAAAAGAUAUUCCACUCAAAUGUAAACUAAAAGCAUGCAGGACUAGCUAUACUUAUAUCAGACAAAAUAGACUUUAAGUCAAAAAACAAAAAGAGAAAAGGUCAUUAUAUAAUGAUAAAGGGAUCAAUUCAGCAAGAGGAUAUAACAAUUGUAAAUAUAUAUGCAUUCAACACUGGAGCACCCAGAUAUAUAAAGUAAAUAUUACUAGAGAUAAAGAGACCCCAGUACAAUAAGUUGGGGACUUCAGCACUCACUUUCAGCAUUGGACAGAUUAUGGUCUAGAAAAUCAACAUAGAGGCAUCAGACUUAAAAUACGCUAUAGACCAAAUGAAUCUAAGAGACAUUUACAGACUAUUUCAUUCAACAGCUGCAGAAUACAUAUUCUCAUCAGCACAUGGAACAUUCUCCAGGAUAGCCCAUAUGUUAGGCCACAAAAUAAAUCUCAACAAAUAUUUAAAAAUCAAAAUCCUAUCAAGUAUCUUAUUAGACCACAAUGGAAUAAAAAGCAGUAUGUUGCAGCCUUCAGAACUGCGAGAAACAAAUUUCUGUUCUUUCUAAAUUAAAAAAGCACUAGAAGUAAGUAACACAAGGAACUCUGGAAACUGUACAAAUAUGUGAAAAUUAAGUAACACCAUCUUGAAAGAUCACUGGGUCAGUGAAGAAAUUAAGAAGAGGCUGAGCGAAGUGGCUCACACCUGUAAUCUCAGCACUUUGGGAGGCCAAGGCAGGCAGAUCACUUGAGGUCAUGAGUUCAAGACCAGCCUGGCCAACAUAGCAACACCCCCAUCUCUACUAAAAAUACAAAAAUUAACGGGCCAGGCGUGGUGGCUCACACCUGUAAUCCCAGCACUUUGGGAGGCCAUGGCGGGCGGAUCACCUGAGCUCAGGUGUUCAACACCAGCCUGGGCAACACAGUGAAACCCCAUCUCUACUAAAAAUACAAAAAAUUAGCUGGGUGUGGUGGCAUGUGCCUGUAGUCCCAGCUAUUCGGGAGGCUGAGGCAGGAAAAUCUCUUGAAUCUUGGAGGCAGAGGUUGCAGUGAGCCAAGAUUGUGCCACUGCACUCCAGCCUGGGUGACAGAGCAAGACUCUGGCUCAAAAAAAAAAAAAAGAAAAGGAAAAGAUACAAAAAUUAGCUGGGUGUGUUGGCGUGCAUCUGUAAUCCCAGCUACUCGGGAGGCUGAGGUAGGAGAAUUGCUUGAACCCGGGGGGGGGCGGGCAGAGCCAAAAUUGUGCCACUGCACUCCAGCCUUGGUGACAGAAUAAGACUCUGUCUCCAAAAAAAAAAAAAUUAGUGUUGGGCACGGUGGCUCACGCCUGUAAUCCCAGCACUUUGGGAGGUCAAGGCAGGCAGAUCACAAGUUCAGGAGUUCAAGACCAGCUGAUCAACAUGGGGAAACCCCAUCUCUACUAAAAAUACACAAUUAGCCAGGUGUGGUGGUGCAUGCCUGUAAUCCCAGCUACUCAGGAGGCUGAGGCAGGAGAAUCGCUUGAAUCCAGAAGGCAGAGGCUGCAGUGAGCCAAGAUUGUGCCAUUAUACUCCAGCCUGGGCAAUCAGAGCAAAACUCCAUCUCAAAACAAACAAACAAACAAAAAACACACAAACCUAAAAUGCCUCUGUAACACUAAUGAAAGGCCACCAGGUUAGAAGGAUGAGAGGGGCCUAAAUUUGUAGUUAAAUGAUUACUGCCAUUAUUCCAAAGGUCACAAGAUUUACGACUUCCCCAAUAACUCCUGUAAAUAACAUCACUGUUGUGGAACCUAAGAUUGGCCUUUUGAGAUGUCUUUUCAGGUUUUUGCAUCUCUGAUAACUGGAUGGCCCCAGUUAGACUCCUGUGGCCCCACCCAGAAGCAGACAGCACAUGAAGACCAUUUUCCACAGCCCUAUGACUGCACCCCAAACCAAUUAGCAGCACCCAUUCCCUAGCCCCCUGCCUGCCAAACUAUUCUUUAAAAAUCUUAGCCUCCAAAUUUUGGGGGAGGCUGAUUUGAGUAAUAAUAAAACUCUAGUCUCCAA